CGGGGAUGGCCACGAACAAAGGGGCCCUGGAUGCGUGUCUGAUCAGUGAGUAGUACAUAGUGUCGCCUCGACCUUGAAGGAUCAGCGACCAACUUCCAACUCUCCACAACCAGCACUCCUUCCUCUUCCUCGUCACUUUAGGGUUUGAGGUCUUGGCCAAUUCAAGGGCUUGCAUCGGAUUCACCCCUCAUUUAGCAGGAGCAGUCUUAACACCGCGCCUGGUUGUGCUUUAAUUUUGUUGUACUUCCGAAUUGACGGGAGGUUGGCGCACUUCUGAGAGGCAGAGACGUUGAACUUUGUAUUUGUGAGCACAGGGAGCAGCCAUGCCCAAGAAAAUGGGCACCAACAGCAAGGCGGAGGAGGCUCGGACGCGCAAAGCUGAGGCACAUGUGGAAAAGAAAGUGAAGGAAGAGCGGCAGAAGGAGGAGAUGUAUUGGAAGGAGGCCGAGGGUCAUGUAUCAAAAGCGGCGAAGAAGCGAGAGGAAGAGGCUGAGCGGAGGUCCGAGGUUGCUGCCAAGAAGCUUGAAGCCAAGAAAUUGGCGCAGCAAGAGGAGAAGGAAUUGGAAAAAUACGGGAAGCGUGAGGACAAGAAGGUCACGCGCGUAGCUGUCCCCGUGCCGAAAGUAACAGCUGUGGAGCUGGCAAGACGGAAGGAGGAGGAGCAGUCGGCGUUAGCAGCUCAAUCUGCGGCGGCGAAAAAGAAGGAACUUCGGACGAGUGGUCCGGAGGAGUAUGAGAGGUUGGUUGAUGUGGCGAACCGGAAUCGGGAAGAGGAUCUUCUCGACGCGCGGGACUUGGAGACGGCGUUGGCGCAGAUCGGGACCCUGAAUGCUCCUGAAUUACCCGCCGAUCGGCAUCCAGAGCGAAGAUUGAAGGCUUCUUACAAGGCUUUUGAGGAGGUAGAGCUACCAGCACUGAAAGAAGAGAAACCGGGUCUGACGCACACACAGUACAAGGAUAUGUUGUGGAAGAUGUGGAAGAAAUCGCCCGACAAUCCUCUAAACCAGGACAAAUGAGGAGACUCAUGUCUGUCACGAUUUGUAACCAGUGUGUUCUCUUCAUAACCUGCACAUUACAGUCUCGAGGUCUUGAAUUCCCUCACUGGAGCAGUGUUCAUAGACCCCGAAAGUUGCAGAAAGGUUCAAGAAAUGUGAUGUUUUUCCUCACUGAGGAUGGCAGUGUCUUGCUUCAAUGUAGCGUCUCCACCAAAAUUCAGCGUAUAAUUGAAUAGUUGUAAUGUAUAGAGAGGUUCCAAGAGGUGAAACCCAAGAGCUACUUCCUGACGGAAACGGGUGACACGUAAAAAAAAAAAAAAACAAGUAAUCGUCUCUACGGAACGCAUUGGCCUCGUUCAGAUGACGUGAAACUGGCAGAUCCAUAUCCAUGUUGUGGUGGGUGGGGCUGACGAGGUGAAGCAAUGAACGACCUACAUUACCUUAUGGGGCCGCACAUACUUCGUGUUGCACCAGGCCUUGGCUCUUUGCAUUUGGUUCGAAGGUUUUAUCCUUUUCAGUUCCGUCCGCUCUCUGCUUUCCCUUUAGCAUUUGGGCCUGAAGUUCUGAUGUUUUACAGAGUUGACCAUCAGCAUGCGUCUGCAUGUCUAGUGAAUAUAGUGACCAGGUAUUCCUAUUGGGAUUUGCAAGCAUUUCGCUCAUUUCAUAUGUUUAAUGGGUAUAUAUUUCAAAAGUAACUGACUUAAAUAUUCCUGUUUGACCUUU